AUGAGUCAAGUGCAUGGGAAUGUUAAACGUGACGAAAAAAAUAAAGUUACAAAGAAGAGUCCGGAAAAAAACAUGUCGGAAAUCGACGAACACAUACUAAAGAGGUUUGAUAUAAAAAAGAGGUUAGGCAAGGGAGCGUACGGGAUCGUUUGGAAGGCUGUCGACAAGAAGACCAAAGAUGUUGUGGCGAUAAAAAAAAUCUUCGACGCAUUUAGAAACCAGACUGACGCUCAGAGAACUUUUAGAGAGAUUAUAUUUUUACAGUCAUUUAGAAAUCAUCCGAAUAUCGUGAAACUUCAUAGUAUACACAGGGCACUGAACAAUCGCGACAUAUACCUCGGGUUUGAAUACAUGGAGACUGAUUUGCAUAAUGUUAUUAAACGCGGUAAUAUACUGAAGGAUGUCCACAAAAGAUAUAUUAUGUAUCAAAUGUUGAAGGCCACUAAGUAUAUACACUCUGGAAACGUGAUACAUAGGGACCAGAAGCCUAGUAAUGUGCUCAUAGAUAGCGCUUGCAGAGUUAAGCUGGCAGACUUUGGUCUGGCUCGGUCUGUGUCUUCGAUGUAUUCUGGCGGUGAAGACGGGGCGGAUCCUUGUCUCACUGACUACGUAGCCACAAGAUGGUAUCGAGCGCCAGAGAUACUUAUCGCUAGUAAGAAUUACACCAAAGGCAUAGACAUGUGGUCUUUGGGUUGUAUCUUGGGCGAGAUGUUGACUGGCAAGCCAUUGUUCCCGGGAACUUCCACCGUCAACCAGAUUGAACGAAUCAUGGCCGCGCUACCGAAACCCUCAUCUGAAGAUAUAGCAGCCGUAUGUAGUGGUUACGGCUCGUCACUGAUUCGCGAACAAGCUGCAGCACAUAGCAGCAGUUCCUCACUCACCAAUCAGCUAGCGACCGCUCCAAGAGAUGCCUCAGAUCUUGUGCGGCAAUUACUGCUGUUCAAUCCGGCUAAGAGGCUAAGUGCUGAUAGUGCCCUCCAUCAUGAGUAUGUAGCCAAAUUCCAUCGCGAGAAAGACGAAGUGACCCUACCAUCAGACGUAUUACUGCCCUUACGAGAUGACAAACAGAUGUCUGUAGAUGAUUACAGGAACAAACUGUACAGCAUCAUGGCUAAGGGCUUCGGGAAUAGUUGCGGGGCUAGCAGGAAGAUGCACUACAGCAAAUCCCAUACAGCAGCUCCAAAGAGCAAGAGUUUCCAAGAAACCUCCACAUACACCCAGGACAUGUCGAAAUACAAAACCAAACUCAGCACUUCAGCCGACCAAGCCCGACCGAGGGUCAACCGACCAGUCAAAGAAUAUAAAUCAGACCAAGCAAUAUCCAAGCCCAUAAAAGCGACCAAGAUAUUCGAAAGGCAGGACUGGUUGGAAAAUUGCAGUGGGGAUUACAUUCCAAAUAGGAUUCCAGAUAAGAGGAGUCAGCAAAGGAGGAAUUCGACUUCUUUCUCAACUAUAUCAAUUGGUGGUGAUGGUUUCUAUGGGCAGAGGCAUGGCGUGAUAACAGCCAGCGCUCUCAUGGAUCUAAGGACCAGCAUACGUUGA